AUGACACGAAAAAGAAGGAUUGUUGUAUCAGAUGAUCAAACUAUGCUGCCAAAAAGUGAUAAUAUGAUAGUAAAAAGUGUCGAUCAUAUGAUCUUAAAAGAAGGAAAUGAUGUGAUAAAAGAUAAAGAUGAGGAAAUGGAACAAAUGGAUGAAGCUAUGAUAGUAGCAGAUAACGAGUUGGCAUCAAUUAAUGAUGGUAAUGAUAUGUUAUCAUCAGUAGAUGAAAAUAUGAUAGAUACAAAUGAUAUGUUACUAGCUAGACGAGCAAAAAAACCAAUAGAAGAAAUUGUGGCAUUAAGUAAUUGUGAAAUGGAAAAGAAUAAUGAACCAAUGAUAAUAUUAUCGAAAAAUAGUGGUGAUAUGAUACCAAUGGAUAUAGCCAUAUUAUCAGUAGACGAAGAUGGAAUAUCAGUAAAUGAAGUUGUUGGAUUAUUGGAAGGAAAUGAUAAGCAAAAUGAAUGUCCAAGCAAAGAUGGAUUAAUGAUAGUAAUGAACAGUGAUAAGGUAGGAAUGGAUGAAGUAGCAUCUAUAGAUGAAACAAUGUUAGUGGAUGGACCAUUGCAAUCAAUGGAUGAAAUUAUGAUAUCAGAAAGUACAAUUAUGGAAUUGGAUGAUCAGAUUGUGAUAUCGAAAGGUGAUAAUGCAUUAAUGGAAAUGGAUAAAAUUAUAUCACCAAACGAGAAAGUAAUAAAAGUGGAAAAUCAAAUUAUUAUUUCAAGUGAUGAUGUGAUGGAAGUAAAAGUUGAUUCGAUAGGAUCAAUCAGUGCAAAACUAUCAGUAAUAGAUGAAUCGAUGACGUCAGUUGACAAAAAUGAACAAAAUGUUUGUUCUAUUAGCAUCAAACAAUAA